AGUUGCAUAGUUCCUAUAUCAUAAACCAAUAUUCAGUAGCAGCGUUAUAACUUUACAUCAAAUACCAAAAAGUUUUUACAGGAUGUCCCUUUCUGUAAUUCUGGUUCUAUGUUGUAUAUCUGUGAUCGAGUCGAAAACAUGUGACAGAUCCAAAGAGAGAUCAAUGAUAUCUGAAAUGCGGUCAUUACUUGAGGCCUUCGAAAACAAGAUAAACGACAAUUCUUGCAAGUGCACGUCUAACCAAGAAGAGUGUCCAGCCGGUUGGAAGAAAUACAAGAAUCACUGCUACUUUUUUUCACCUGACGCAAAAACAUGGCAUGAUGCUGCCAAACAAUGUAAAAAUAUGAGAGGUUACCUCGUGAAGAUUACAGACUCAGCAGAAAACUCGUGGGUUGUUGACAUGAUUACUAAAUCGGUUAAGCACCAUUAUGGCUCUUGGAUGGGAAUGGCAGACUUCAAGACAGAAGGAGACUGGAGAUGGGUUCAUGACUCUUCUAAGGUUCGUUAUUCCCAGUGGUAUCCAGGACAACCAGACAAUUACGGAGGAGAAGACUGUGGCCAUUUUUGGUCCGCCGUUAAGUAUAAAUGGAAUGAUGCACCAUGCCACCUAGAUAGAAUGGGGUACAUCUGUGAGUGUUCACAUGGACCGAACUGCCGUCCCUUCAAUGAAUGAGAGAGAAACAAGCAGCCACUAGAAGACAGAUAUAUUGUUCACUUCAUUAAAGAAAUCUAAACAGAAAGAA